UGAGAGUUGAUAUGGGAUAUAAUCCACAGGGAAUAACGCUGACCAUCGCGUCGCUAAUUGUUCUAGUUUCCGGACAUUGCGGCGUACACCAGACUCUUGAUGUUGUAAUUCUGUAUGACGAAUCUUCUAGUGUUUCCCAAAGCUAUUUUGAUGAACAGAUCCAGUUUGUCGUUUCACUAGCAGAUGCUCUUCUCCUCAGCUCUAGUCAUACUAACAUUGCUGGAGUAGGAGUGGACGUAAUUGGUUAUUAUGGCUGGGGUCUUCGCGAUUAUUUCACAUCUUCGGCAAUUUCAUCAAAAAUGCAGAAUAUAACCAGAGGAAAUGGAAACUCGGACUUGUCGGACGGUUUUAACGUGGUAUGGAACAGAAUCUUAUCCAACGGUACUAGGUCAGGGUCUCAGGCAUGGAUACUUGUUCUGACCGACACAAGCACUCUGUCUGACACGACCAGUCUGGACGCCGCUAAAGCCGCUGGUGUCAAAGUGGGAUUUUUGUCAACAUUGUCGGCAUCUUCCUAUACGUCUUAUGCUUCUGACUCAAGUUACAUCAUAGGUGGAACGAGCUGGCUCUCCUUUCCGUCCCUAGUAACCAGUGCUGUAGAAUUCUUUUGUCCUCAGUACUGUGAAAAUUUUGUGUUCUACUAUGAUUUGCCAAGCAGCAUGAAAGUCCAGGCAGACACCUAUUCUAAUGUGGGUUACUAUUUAACGGAGACAGACCCGACUUACAAUAUCCACUGCUGCGGGGCUGUGUCUACCUUGGAAUAUAAUGCAGCAACAUCCGGGACAUUCAAAUUCCAGAUAUGGAGACAAUACGUAUUAGUGUCCGAGGUGUCCAUUUCCGCCGCAGCCGGAGCCCAGACCUACACCUUCUCACCAAAGCUUGCUGUUAAGGCUGGUGACGUAGUUGGAUGGUAUUCCUCUGGAACAAAUCCAAUCGGCAUUGCAUCUAGUUGUAGUGGAGAUCUGUGUACAAGUAACAUAAAAAGAGCAAUGAACAUGGGAUCUGUAGCAGUUGGUUCUUCCUAUUCGUGGGCAAACGCCACGGCUUUACCAGACACUGUAUUCGCCAUCAAAUUCACGAUACUUAAUAGCACCGUACCGAGCUUUUCCCAGUCCUCCCCAGUGUACAUAUCGGAAACCCUGGCAUUGGGAUCCAGUGUCACAGUCUUCACCUUCACAGAUGACACCGGGGACGAGCUUAUCUAUAACGAUCCCUCCAGUCCUUACUUUGCUUACAACACAUCAUCAGGACUGAUAAGCUUAGUGGCGCCGUUACCCGUGACGAAUCAAGAGACGCCCUAUGUCUUUGUGAUUGAAGCUAUGGAUUCCUGUUUCAACUCAGCCACAGCCAGUAUCAAUAUAACUUCAUAUGCAGUGCCUCCAGCAUUCAAUAAUUUGCCAACGGAAGUAGAACUCGGAGAUGACGUCACCGCAGAAACCCUUCUAAUUGUUAUUAAUGUAACAGACGAAAGCGCCCCAUCGAUUAUCUGUACCGAAACGUCCAUUUUACCUGACACUCAGUAUUUCAGGCUGGAUGAUUAUCAGAAUGGCUCUGCUGCCGUUUACCUCAAUGCUGAUUCUGUGUUGGACUUUGAUACUGCUGAGGAGUAUAAGAUGUUCAUCACGUGCACUGGUAGCUCGUCUCUAGAGUCCGUAUUGACCAUAAGGAUUCUGGACAAAUCAGUCACAACUCCAUACACAGUACCAGCGUGGGCGGCGGGUGCCAUUGCUAUCAGCGUGGGGUCGGUGGGUGUGGUAAUCGCUCUCGUCUGCUUCCUCAUUAUUAUCAUCCUGGCAACCACUGACGAGGCGGAGGUUCUACCGCCGGUAGAAGACGAAAGUGCUAAAAAGGAAGUGGACGAUGCUGCACAAAUGUACAAAAAUGUCGACAAGGUGCAGCUCUACAGAGAGGGCUAUGGAGAGUUUUGAUUUGGACAAUUUUGUAAAACAUUGAACAUCUAUGAUACUACUGAACUUUCUGUA